CUCUCAGCGGAAACAUUCGCAAGUAGAAUAAAAAUUCAUGUAAGAAGGACAUGAAAAAGUGAGAUAUCUCUGCUCAAAAAGUUCAAAAAGUCAUCAUUUCUAAGCUAAAUUUCUAAGAUAUUUCGAUGUCUUAAGUGAUGGAGUUACGAAAAUGGAUGCCAAGAACGAAAAGUCGUCGUUUAGUGGUAUGUUUUGGGCCAUUUUAAUGUUUUUAAAAAUAUUAAAAGAUAAGUUCUUUGUACGUUUGCAUGGCGAUAAAACAUAUAAUAGUUUUGUUUGUGGAAACACCACGUAAAUUUAUUACUGCAAAGCUUUCGAUCGAAAGCCCGGAUCUUCAUCAGUGCAUAUUAUUAUUCGUUAGCACUGAUGAAGAUCCGGGCUUACGGAUCGAAAGCUUUGCAGCAAUAAAUUUACGUGGUGUUUCCACAAACAAAACUAUUAUAUAUUAAAAGAUGUUAUUUAAUAUUUGUCACUUCUGUGUGCAUAAAAAUAUAGUUUGGAAGUUGGAAUAUUUUGACACAAGGCAGUAUUUAAUUUAAUACAAAGCCAUUAAAUUAACGAGUUUUAUAAACUCUAGCCAGUGGUAGCACAAUGAUGACAUUGCAUGUUAGCAGUUAAAAAUUGCUUUUAAAGUUUUUCUGUUGCAACCAAAAAAGUAAUUUGCAAAUUUAAAAUCAGAUUAAGGAUCAGGAUUAGUGUUCAGGUAAUGACCACCCUCCUCCUGUGUCUCCUACAACUGGCUGCAUAUAUAAUUUGUCCAUUAUUACCAACUUGUUUCCAUAUGGGGCCUUGGUGGCAAAGUGGUUAAUGCACUUUCCUUUCACCUCCGAGGCCGCAGCACAGAAUACUACACAGAAGUCCAUCUCCAUUGUUUUUUGCAUAAGCGUUAUUCGUCAUGAUUUGUCACUCAGCAAGUACCGUAAACAGAAGCAGUCACCCCCCUGGACGUGCACCAUUUUGAGUAUUUCCAGGGGUGGACUGCUUCUGUAACUUACGGUACUUGCCGAGUGGCGAAUAGCGCUUAUGCAAAAAAAAAAACAAUGGAGAUGGACUUCUGUGUAGUAUUCUGUGGCCGCAGCUUCAAGCCUCAGUGAGAACUUUCUCAAUGCGACUCAAACCCAGUCCUCGUGUGAAAAGAGUAAAAGUCAACACUCUGCCGAAAGUUGUGGGUUUUCUCUGAGUACUCCGGUUUCCUCCCACAGGGAAAGUUGACAGGGUGGGUUAGGUAAAAAGGGCCCACAGUAAUUGGCACAUGCUGUUGUGGUGACCCUGCCCUAGUUGACAAAGCUAAAUAAAUAAAUUAUUCGACCUUUAUGACCACAUGAAAAAUACCAACCUUGUACUCAGUGUAUUUUCAUUUGUUUUUAGAAAUGUGGUAUCUGAUAUUUGUGUAUGAUCUGGCCACAUCCGUCUUCAUUCAUUGUAUUGUGGCACUUCUCUCGUUCUGUUCAUUGAGGAAACAUAAAUACAGCAGAUUUUUUCCAAUACUUGUUAUAAUUGUUGGCUUCUUGUUUCCUGUGACUGGGGGCAUUAUUACAAGUAGGUGUUUUAGACAUGUUAAUUUGCUUAGGAGUUUUAUACAGUGAGUAAUGUGGCAGGUUCAUGUGAGCUAUUUUGAGUAGACAUAUUUUGCUCUGGGGUGCUGGAAAUUCAAUGGAGAGAUGAGCAAGGGAGCAUAUAGUACCACCUAGGUUGGGGGGUACAGUCCCUAGUGGGUAAGGGGGAAAAGCCCUUAGGAUUUUUGGUCUUAUUUAGUUCAAAAUCCUUAUUUCAAUCAUACUACUGUCAUUAAAUUUCUCUAGGUAGGGUGGGAAAACUUUCUGAGGAGGUGUAAAAUAUUGGGGGGGGGGGGACCUAUAUUUUGAAUUACACUUUGGCAACUGUUAAAUUGUUUAUUACUACAACUUCACAUCAUUUUCUAGGCGCUUUAAUAUCACUUGUGUAUCAAAGUGCUCGACUGACCAUGCCAAAUUAUGUUGCAUUUCUCUGGGGUGGUGGACAGGCGUUUGCACUAUUUCUCGUCUCAUAUACAAGAAUACUGGCAACGUUAUAGCACUGUGGACAGCUGAGGUACAUUUGUAAAUAGUAGUAGAAAUUAAAGAUGCUUUCAAGCUGAUGGUUGGUUUUAGGUAUUUAUAUGGCUAGGUUGCACUUCUGUGUGAUCUCUAUACACACUUUCGAUAAUUAUGCCACAAGUACUUUUUGGUCUUGGAGCCUCGCUCUCAUUAGUAAAUUAUACAAGGUGAUUGGCUCACGAUUCAUGAGAGCGAGGCUCCCAGGUCAAAUGACAUAAUUAUCGGAAGGGUGUAUUCUGUGAUGAAGUCUUUGGAUUGAUAAUGUUUUGAUUAAGUUCGAGGAUAGCUGAUAGUUCUAGGAAGCUGUUUUUAUUAGACGAAAUUCUAAGAUUAGUAUUAGAGAAGCAUUGUAGAGGCUAUAGCAGUAUUGAAUUUGUUUCAUGAUGUAAAUGUUUAGACAGCAAAUAAUGAUUUGACAUUCAACAAACUCACAGGAUAAAAUGUCGAUAAAUUAUUAUUAUAAACAGGAUUAUUAUUAAUAUAUAAACAGGAUUUCCACAGGAAAAGACAGAUUUAUGCAUGGAUUGUUGUUUAUAUAAUAUUUAUACAAUGUGAAAGAAAAAGACUGUAAAUGAAAAUCACAAACUAAUAAAAGAUAAUUAAGCUAAAUAUAUUUCGUAAUUUUUGCCUUUUUGGUAGGCUAAAAUUUUACAGCACUUCCUGUUUGCAAGUUUACAAAUCAUUGCUAAGUUUCGGCUUCGGAAACUGAUGGCUAUAACCAGUGGCCAACUGAAAUACUCUGAUAAAAGUUAUUUAAACACCAAAAAAUGCUAGAAUAUUGAGGGUUUUGUGUAGUUUGGGUAUAUUGGAAUAUCACAACCAGCCUAUUCAUCUAUAAACGCUUGCUUCCAACACUAGUUUCAAUUAAACGGUUUUGGAUGAGUUAAAGUAAACGCCAAGGAAGUAAAAUCGAUCCCCACUAAAUACGAAAUCGCGCACAAUUCACGAC